AUGCUGGACGGCUACUGGGGGUGGUAUAAGAACACGCACGCGUUACGUAUCUUUCCUUUAUGCGUUACUUAUCAUUCAUUUACUUUACGUCACCCUUUCCUUUAUGUGUUACGUAUCAUUCAUUUACUUUACAUCUACGCUGGACGGCUACUGGGGGUGGAAGUAUAUGAAAAAAAAUCACCAAAAGUUACGAGAUCGGCCCAGUCAAUGAUGACAGAUAUAGGAUUGGGAGCCACUUGUCUUUGCAAGCAGGACCAUGACAGCUACACCUUCAUGCAGAUCCCCAACAUAUAUGGAUAUGGAUACAUCAUCGUUGAUGAUGACGAGACAGGGACUGGUGGAACUUGUCCCACGUACUUAUCAGCCACAAACUCGUGUACAACGUACCUGACGAGUCUUGAGUCAUCGGCUCGGCUUAAUGGAAGUGAAAAGCAUGUCACAGAGGCUUAUACAAUGGAAGUGAAAGCAUGUCACAGACUCGUUGACAACAUAUCAGCCAGAGUUUGA